CGCUUACUUUUCAUGGAAUUACCAGUGGAGAGUGUGAGCGGCGCAGAUGUGAAGAUGAGCCAGGAAUUUAACGGACAAUUGAAAAUAAGUGAACCUGUUUCAGGUCACCAAAAUAUUAAUAUUUUGUCGUCAACUAAAAAGCAGAGAAAGAAGAAAAAAGCCAAACCGGAAGGGAAUGCGUCUUUGUCGUCAGACCAGGUGCAGCAAAGUGCUGUUCAAGAUUUGAAAUUGUCUCCUGCAGCACAUCUGAUUGCACAUGAUCGUUCCAAGGACGGACAGAAUAUGAAAAGUCAUCGCUCCAAAACGACUAACUGCUCACUUACUCAAACGGAUCCACCCAGUGUUCCUAUCUGUGAGUUGUACGAAGGGCAAGACUUCCCAGUUGGUGAGAUUAUGGACUAUCCUAUCGAAGUCGAUGGGUAA